ACAACGUCCCGAUUUCGAGGGUCUAGUCAUCCAAUGCCUCAUGGCAACUCCUCAGACCCUGUACUUGAACCCUUCCGUCGAACUACAUGUCAUAUAGCUAAUGCGGCUGAUGGAGGCAAAAUCCUCGUAAAAAUAUGCAGGGCUUUAUUGAGCCUCAGCCAUCGUCCACAGUGCCGGAUGUGCUCAGCUUUGAACCACUGUCAACGUCCCAAUGCCAGACCCACGACGACACCCAAGCCCAUGCGCAAUCAAAAAGUUCUUACAGCCCCCCGCAGUCACCUCUGUCAGCCUUGGCUGAGAUGGUAA